CAGUGUGUCAAGAGCAUAUGUCCGGUGAUUUCGUUGAGGAGUCGAUCUCGCGUAACGGGACACGUUCGAUCGCGAGCCAGCCGAUCCCAGUUCGACGGGCUAUAAGAAGAUGUCGCAGAAGGGACACGACGUCAGUGCAACGUGCGAAAACGACAUGUCAACGUCGAAAAGCAGCUCCUUGUUGCGGCUGAACCAGGAGGAUCGUCGCGUUUCCGCUGAUUGGCAGGACCAGGACACCGAUUCCGAGAUCAGCGAGACCGAUUUCCUCACGAAGGGCGCCUUCCUGCUGACCCCGAGCCACGAGCUCAGCAUCGAGAAAGCCGCCACCAUUUGCGAGAAAAUGAACUUUCGCGGCGCGUUCUCCUUGACGAAGACGGCAACCGGUAUACUCUUCAAGUUCAGCAACAUCGACGAUUUUCAGGCGGUCUACAAAAAGGGCUUCCACAAAGUCACCGGGGCACGGUUCUACAAGAAGGUCGCCAUACCCUGCAGACCCGCAAAGACAUUCACCGUCUGCGUUUUGGACGUACCUGAAGAAUUACCCGAGGAGGAUAUUAGGCACGCCCUGUACAAGUAUCGGUCCAUAGUCGAAGUUACGCGGCUGCCACUCAACACCGGCACCGUUCUGAAAGCCAUCAACGACAAGCUGAAAGCCGACACUCACAAUCAGAACGAGCCGGCGACGAUUUACACGGGGCCACCCGUUAUAAGGGUUACUCUGGCCAGCAUGGAGGAGACCACGAUGCUGUUGAGUCGCGGACUGGAUUUUUAUGGGGCCACAUAUUUCCCCACCGAAACGCUCCACCCAGCUGCUCAACCCUUCGCCAAAUACAAAAACAACAGGUGGCUCGAGCUGGCAGCCAUCGGCGCCGGACAAAGGGUCAGGGAUCUACUUCCGGUGUUCGACAACGCUGGCUUCAACAAAUUGUCACCUCCGGCCAGCAGGCUGAUAAAACCGCAGAAAAACUGACGCAUCCCUCCGAUUUCUUUCAACCCAUCCCUCGAAAUUCCACGGAUUCCUCACUCGUCCGACGACGAUCAACCACCGCUGAACUCCAUCGAACUCGGGCCGGGAGUAUCAAGGAACAAUUCAGGAGGAUCAACGCUAAGUCGAGACGAGCAGGGAAUUCCACGCUCGUGGUAACGAAACCAUUUCGGGGUAACGCUGUCUUAAUUUGACGACUCUACACAGUUGUUAGACUAACUCGAUAAUAAGCCAGGUAGAACGAUCUCGGCUUGAAACUUUUUAAUGGAUAGAUUUUUGGUUAGCUGUACUCUUCGUAUGGUAGUUGUAUUUUAUCGUCUUUAAGUUUUGCGCGUCGACGACAAAUCUUUUGGAGCUGGAAACACAUGUCCAUAUUUUGAGUUGAUGACAGCAGAGCUAUUUUAUUUAAAAUAACAAAUUUAUUUUAAAUUAAAAUUUUUGUUAGAACUUUAUUUUAUCCUUGAAAAUAGAACUUAUAUCUUGGUCUUUAUACAUCCAUAAAUUCGCUAAUAUAUUUUUUAAAUAAUAAAUGGUUGGAAAGUAGGACUAUCAGAUGGACUUGUAGUCCAUAACUUGAGUUGUUGAGUUGACAUCUUGAGAUUUUUCUGCUGGUGAUAACUACUGUUAUAUGUUUAAAUAUCAUAGCCUGCGAUCAGGAAAUUUAGGUCUCAAAGAGUUACAGAGACAGUUCUACACGGUCUGUUAUUUCUUCCAUAAAAGAUGUUCCUAUUUUUUCCAUUCAUAUUUUUGUUUAUAAAAGACUAAUAUUUAACUGCAAUGAUAAAACGCUGUUCCUAUUCAAGCUUCGGCAUACAAGUUGUAGAAUAGAACAUUUACUAAACGAGGAAAACUUUGAUCUGGAAACUGUGAAAAGAAUAAUACGUGAAGACAGAAUUUAUUCGCUUUAACGUGAACUUUUCAUUGAUAAGAACGCUUUCACCUAUGUAUAUGAAGUUGCAUUUAAAGGUAUUAAUGUUUUAACAACAACGAUCGAUGAGUCUUUUUAACGUUGUAUUAACGGAACUUCACACUUAUUUAGACAGUAGUAAAUUAAAAUAUUCAUGAAUAAAUAUUAUAAUUUAAUAAACAGAGAAGCAUUAAUAGUUCUAUUGCUUCAUUUCCCUUCCAUCUCGAUUCUUUUCAGUUACGAUUGCUGUAUAUUUAUUACUACUGUGCUUAGAACAAUAUCGAAUUUUCUUAAUUGAGAAAUUCAACCUGAUAACUAUAGAGAUACAAAUUUAAUAAUGAUAGCGUUUCAUGGUAUACACCUUCAUGUUUAAAAAAAAAAAAAAACGGCUGUAAUGGAAGGUUGAUGAGCAAGAAACUAGAUAGAACCACGAAGAUUAAUAACAGAUAAGCGGUGUAUCAAAAAGAUGUAAUAGUACGAAACUAACGAGAGGGAGUCGAAGGCCACGAAACAGCAACACUGCAGAGAAAGAUCGUAAAAAGAUUAUGAACGAAGAGGUCAUAGAAAAAAGGUUAAGGAGUAAGAAGAAAAUGUGCAAACGAAAAAGGCGAAAAGGACGAGGGAGAGGGAAUACAUUAUAUCUACGAAUAUUCAGAAUACAACAUAAAGAUAUCCAAGAAAACAGGUAUAAAACAGUGCCCAUCGUGUGUGAAACGAUGAAGUGGAAAAAGAAGUGGCCGCGAACGCGUAAAUCAAGCAAAACGGCCAAAAAGUUCGGUAAAAGGUCGCAAGAAUCGCCAAGAAAACAUAAAUCAGGAAGAAUUUCUCGAAAGAUCGAUAAAAGGUCAUAAAGAUAGCCACGGAUAUCAUAAAUUGCGAGAAAUUACCAGCCAUUCGCGGAAUGGUUCCAAAAAAUGAACGUUUAAAUGUGACGGAGGAAGUAAUCACAGAAUGCAAGAGAAUAUCCAUCGAAAUGGAGAAUAUGGAGAAUAGAAAGCCUAUGUAAGAAGAAAAUGCUCACGUAAAAUCGUGGAGAGGUUCCAAGAAAUGAAAGCUUAUAGUCGUGGAUGAAAUAAUCAGAGAAAGCAAAGAAAUAUCUAUCAAGAUGAAGAAUAUGGAGAACAAGAAGUUUAUGAUAAAAAGAAAAAAGGGCCAAGAAACUGGCCACGAAAAUAAAAAGGAAGUCGUGGGGAAUAUCUGUCGAAUCGACGAAUGGAAGGCGCGAAAUGGUCACAGGAAGUCAAGCACAGGAAAAUGAAAAGAAUCGAGCACGAGGAACAGGAGAAAGGAACGGCCACGGAAACGAAGAACAGCAGUCACGGCAACUUGACGGGGGCGCUAUAACUAUAAAUGUAAAGUUUGCGUACGCAUCGUUAGUACCAUUGCCAGGCCCGCAAUAAUCGUUGCUGCCAGGCUACGACGUCGCUCGGGGGUUACUAACUACUAAUUGUUACCAACUUAGCGAAACGAAGAAUUCUCCGGGCUGUCCUCUCUCGCUUUUUCUCGCUUUGCGCGUUACUUCUCCAGAUUAAAGAAAUGUUGCGUUUAACACUCUCUGCCCUCGACGAAAUGCCUCGGCAUUUACGUUUCCACGGAGUCGGCGUGUUUCGAAGGAGAGCAGACGACGAUAACUGGUGCUGCAAGUUUCGCGAUUACGCGCUUUUCUACGAUUUAUUUACAAAGAGAUUGGAAACUGCCGACUGUUUCCAUAUUAUCGAUGGUUUUGUGGUUAAAAUUGGCGCUUUUAUAAUUUUUUUUUCUAUGAAAACAUGUAGUAAGUUAGUCUCUUCUAGUAAAUUUUAUUUAAUCCUCCGAGGUCACAUGCUCUGGAAAUAACGCGUCGGUCACAACACAUAAAAAUUCAGGAUAUUAGUCUGAACUCUUCAAAAUGAGAAUAUCGUGGCAACAAAUUUUUAUCAAAUUUUCAAAAUGGCGAAAAAAAAUCAGCAAGGAAGCAAUGCGUAAAAAAACACUUUUUACUAAAAAAAAAAAAAAAAAAAAAUCAUAACUCUGGCAAUUUUUAAUAUAUUUUCAUAAAAUUAAUAACUUGUAGUGAUUCUAGCUUAAAGUUGCGCUCGGGGUCAUUUUGAAGGGUUAAAAAUGUGUACUGUCGAUUGCAUUCAUAAUUGCACAAAUAAAGACGAAACUUUCGAAAUUCGCCUGAAAGCAAAUAAGUUAAGAAGACAGGGGCGAACACUGUACUCCCGGCAAAGACUGGCGCGCGGGAUGAUUUCGUUGCACGAGUCACGUGCGAAAAUUGUCACUCGACGCCGACAGAAAUACCGUGGCACAUUUUCAGACCGCCCUGCGUCGACGGAGAUACACGAGCGAGAUACGGGGCAAUAAAGAACCGCGAGGGGUGACGCGAUAGAGACGAAGCACCAUCGGCGAUCCAUCGAGAUAAAUCCCGAACGCGCACACCACCGCGAAACUAGAAAUCAGUGUAAGUGAAAAAAGCGUAAGUCGCGGGGAAAAUCGAGGGCAACGGGUGACACGGGGAACAGCCGACGGAAACGUUACGUAGGGAUGGUCGGGAGAUCCAGGGACGACAGCGGAUGGACAAGAAGACGAAAAGCGACAGGAGGAAUGACGAAAGAGGGAAUCUUAUUCGCGACGAGCCGUGGGCGCGGGGGUUAUAAGUAAUAGUCGUGGAACGCUAUUACGUCCUGCUGCGCCCUCGUUGGGGAACGGGGGGGUUAUAUUACAACGUAAUACCAGAAAGGGUGGUCGCUGAGGGGCGGCGAAUGUCAGCUGCGCGAGAGGGAGAGGGGCCGGAAGAGUCGGUGUACGACGUUUCGGGAUUGUUCGACUUGCCAAACGCUUUUAACCCCGACGUU